AUGGGCUACCAACCCAAGCACGGCGCCACCGGCGGCGGAGGCGCCGGUGACCACCUGCCGCGCCUGCACAGCCCCCGCGUCGGCGUCGGCGGCUCCAUGACCCGCCGCGCCAGCUCAUUCAAGCGCUGCGCCCCCGGCGGCGAGAUCGAGCUGCAGAUCACCGGCUCCCCGCGCUCGCCGCGGGCCGACGCCCUCGGCAGCCCGCCCUCCGACGCCGCGGAGACCUCCUCCUCCAGCUCCUACACCUCCGGCGCCGGCCACCAGCAGCAGCAGCAGCUCCGGUUCCGGCUCUUCAAGCGCCCGGGCUCCAUCGGCACCGCGGGGGAGGUCGUGCUGGGGCUGGGCGUCCGGGAGCGGAGGAGGCUCGGCAACCUGCUCUUCUUCGCCUUCUGCGGCGUCUGCCUCCUCCUCGGCGUCGCCAAGAUCUGGGCCGGCGGCCGGGCCGCCCUGCCGGCUGGCGACGAUCUGCAGGAUCUCUCUGUUUCCUUCAGUGAUAAAGGGCAUCACCACUUCGGGUACAUGGGAGGGAAAGAGCGCGACAGGAUGUUGAUGACAGUUGAAUCUAGCAUUGGUGAAAGACAAGGCAGUGUGGGUGAGGCCUCUGAUGUCUGGUCCCAGCCAAGCAGUGCAAACUUCAGACAAUGUAUUGUUUCAAACUCUCAUAAAAAGCAAGAUUCUCGCACGAAUGGCUACAUUCUCAUAAACGCAAAUGGAGGCUUGAACCAAAUGAGAUUUGGGAUAUGUGAUAUGGUUGCUGUUGCUAAGAUUUUGAAGGCAACAUUGGUUCUACCUUCACUUGAUCAUACAUCCUACUGGGCAGAUGACAGUGAAUUUAAGGAUCUUUUUAAUUGGAGACACUUCAUUGAGUCACUGAAAGAAGACAUUGAUAUUGUUGAAACGCUACCUCCUGCAUACAAGCAAAUCGAACCUAUGGCUAAAGCUCCAAUAUCCUGGUCAAAGGUGAAUUAUUACAGAGAUGAAAUACUCCCGCUCUUGAAGAAACACAAAGUCCUUUACUUCACACAUACAGAUUCUCGUUUAGCAAAUAAUGAGCUUCCUAGUUAUAUUCAGAAACUAAGAUGCCGAGUUAACUAUAGAUCUUUGAAAUAUUCUCAUACAAUCGAAGAUCUUGGUACUACCUUAGUUUCGAGGAUGCACCAGGAUGGAAUCCCAUAUCUUGCUCUUCAUCUAAGGUAUGAGAAGGAUAUGCUAGCUUUUACUGGUUGUAGUCAUGGCUUGACAUCGGAUGAGGAAGAGGAGUUGCAAAAGAUGCGUUAUGAGGUCAGUCAUUGGAAAGAGAAAGAAAUUAACGGAACCGAGAGAAGAAGCAUCGGUGGAUGUCCUCUGACUCCAAGGGAAACUUCACUUCUGUUGAAGGGAUUGGGUUUCACACGAAGCACCAGAAUUUACUUAGUUGCAGGUGAAGCUUUUGGGAAUGGAAGCAUGCAAGCGCUGCUGGACGAUUUUCCCAAUAUCUAUUCUCAUUCUACCCUUGCAACAGAAGAGGAACUUGAGCCCUUCAAAAAUCACCAAAACAUGCUUGCUGGUCUUGACUAUAGUGUAGCUCUUCAGAGUGAUGUCUUUAUGUACACAUACGAUGGAAACAUGGCAAAAGCUGUACAAGGCCAUAGGCGUUUCGAGGACUUCAGGAAGACAAUUAACCCAGAUAGGAUGGAUUUUGUGAAUUUGGUAGAUGAAUUUGAUGAAGGAAGGAUCGAUUGGGACAAAUUCAGUUCAGAAGUGAAAAGGUUGCACAAAGAUAGAACAGGAGCUCCAUAUUUUCGGGAGCCUGGAGAAUUCCCAAAGCUAGAGGAGUCUUUCUUCGCAAACCCCAUGCCGGGCUGUAUAUGUGAAAAACAUAGUGAACAAUGAACAAGUAAUCCAGCCCAGUCGAUGGUUCUCUGACAAACUGCCUGAGGCCCUCUGCUUCCUGCCAGCUGCAGCAUGUACGCUGAUCAUUCAUUGUCGAGACAUGGGGCAUUUCCACAUCCAUUUUCAAGAGCAUCCCCUGAAGCUCAAUGCAAGCAGAUGAUCAAAAUGCGGAAGCAAUUGGCGGUGGCAAACUAAUUCCCAUACAACCAGAGCACAUGGAGAUCCAGCAGAUCACAGUGAUUUGCGGCAGUAUAUAAUUACCUACAUUGUCUGAGUAUACCUAGGUUAUUCUUGGUAUAUGUUUAUUUUUUGUUGCACUUAUAGUGUGCACAUUAUUGCUGCUGCUAAGUUGCAUUUUGUCUAGAAAACAUUGGAUAUAUGCAGAUGUUCGCAUGGGGGUUGCCUUGUGCCCUUAUGUGUACAACUGAAAAUUUUGACACGUGUAUUUUUACCCAGAUAUAUACAGAAGUAUACCACUUA